AGGGCUAACAAGGAAGUAUGCAGAACAAGAAGUCCGAGGUGUAUGAGAACGUGUUCGAUCCGAUCUCGUACAGGAAACGCUUCGUCUCCCUAUCAGACGACGGGGACGAAAGCAUGCAAAAAAUCUUCCUGUGGCAACUGGCACAAUUUCACGACUUCUACAGCAGUAACUUUAUAAAGAACGCCAGGAUACUAGAGUAUGGAGGCGGUCCAUGCAGCAUAUAUCCUUUGAUCAGCGCGGUUCCAUUCGCGUCCGAGAUCAUCUUCGCCGAAUAUGCGGAACAGAACCGGAGACAAACGGAAAUGUGGAAAGAAGGCAGGGGAGAGGGAGCUGACUUCACAACGCUGUUUCAGCACGUCCUUGCGAAUUUGGAGGGCUCCGACAGAAACAGCGUCGAGAAUGCGAAGAAACGGGAAGACAAACUGCGCUCACUCAUAUCCGCCAUCGUUCCUUGCGACAUCACGGAAAAGAUGGCAGUGGAUCCCGAAGUACAGGUGCCGUUCGAUAUCGUGUCUACUCAUUACUGUCUUAUCUGCGCCUGUCAAACGAUUGAAGACUACAAGUCUGGAUUAAGAAAAUUAGCAAACCUGCUUCGACCUGGAGGGAGGAUCGUCAUGACAGAAGCAGUACGGAGUAGCUUCUAUAUCGUGGGCGAAGAAAAAAUCAGUACUCUCAGCCUAGACUCCAGGGACUUGGUAACAAGCUGUCUACAACAGGCCGGUUUCUCUCAAGUAUCAGUGAACGUUUUAGAGGCGCCACCAUCAGAACUAACGCCUUGCACAGAGUGCCUUUUCAUAAACGCAGUAGUCGAUCAGUGAUCGAUCGCAUGACAAUCAAUUUAGUUGAAAGUCGGUGAGAGUAUGACGAAGAGACUCUAAUCUAGUGACGUGAAGGUACGUACCACUGCAACUGCGUGCAGUUUGUCAACGACGUGUAAUGUUGUGCUAUUUGUUAUCGAAUUCAAAGUCAGUACAAGUUG